AGCGAAGCAUGAAGAGUUGUUAAGUGGAAAAUGGAGGCUGAAUUUUACAUGGCGAUCCUUACCAGCCUGAUCUUCGGGAGCUCGGAGGGGUUUCAGAUUGUCCAUGUCCAGAAACAUCAGUGCCUUUUCGUAAAUGAGAGAGUGAUCAUGGGCUCCUGCAGUGGCACCAGCCAGAACCAGCAGUGGCUGUGGGCUGAGGAUGGAAAGCUCCUCCACGUUGAAUCUGCACUGUGCCUGGGCUUCUCCAGUUCCUCCGGUGGCCCUUCCCGUGCAGCCGUCCUCACCCCCUGCUCCCAAGCACCCCAGUGGACCUGCUAUGAGCAGGAAGGGUUCCUUGAGGUAGAAAAUACCUCCUUCUUUCUCAAGAAACAAGGCCCCAAAGUAGUGGUCAAGAAAGGCAGGAAAUACCUUCAUAGCUGGAUGAAAAUAAACGUCAACAAGGAGGGAAAAGUGGUCAAUGAAAGCCUCUGCUUAAAAAAAGCUGGCCUGGGAGCAGAAGUUUCAGUGAGGAGCACUAGAAACACAGCUCCUCCCCAGAUCCCUACUACUUUAUUUAAUACAGUUCCAUAUAGCCCGGAGCACCUUCUUAGGAACACCACGGAGGCCUUCAUCAGGAACACUACAGAAAACCACAGCCACAACAGCAGCAAGAAGCCUUACCCCAGUCUGCCUGCGACUGGAAUUGCAGAUACAUCGUGGGUGCCAUCAACUACUUGGCCCUUCUCCAGUACCACCAAAGAGACUGGACUGGGAGAGCCAGUGAGAUGUAACUUCACACUGACGAAGUCCAGUGUCUCCAGCUUGUCGGUGUUUAUCCAGUGGAGAACUUUAGGGUCACCAUGUAACUUUAGCCUCAUCUAUAGCAGUGACACCUCAGGGCCCUCGUGGUGCCACCCCAUUCGGAUAGACAACUCUACCUAUGGAUGUAACCCCAAGGAUUUACAAGCGGGAACCAUCUACAACUUCAGGAUUGUUUCUCUGGAUGGAGAAGAGAAAACCGUGGUCUUGCAAACAGAUCCUUUACCUCCUGCUAAGUUUGGAAUCAGUAAAGAGAAGACUACUUCAACCAGCCUGCCUGUUUGGUGGACUCCAUCUCCUGGAAAAGUCACCUGGUAUGAGGUGCAGUUAUUGGAUGAUAAUAACCAAAAGAUGCAAGGUGUCCAAAUUCAAGGAAGUACAUCAGGGAAUGAACACACGUUUUUUAACCUCACUGCUGGUAAUUAUUAUAAUAUUGCCAUUACAUCUGUUUCUGGAGAGAAGCGUUCCUCUACAGUUUAUACCAAUGGAUCAACAGUGCCAUCUCCAGUGAAAGAUAUUGGUAUUUCAUCAAAAACUAAUUCUCUCCUGAUUUCCUGGUCCCAUGGUUCUGGAAAUGUGGAACAAUACAGGCUGAUGCUAAUGGAUAAAGGGAUCCUAGUUCAUGACAGUAUUAUGGACAAACGUGAUACCACCUACACUUUUCAUGGACUGACACCUGGCCACCUCUACAACCUCACUAUUGUGACCAUGGCUGCCGGACUGAAAAACUACAGGUGGAAACUAGUCAGGACAGCCCCCAUGGAAGUCUCAAAUUUGAAGGUAACAAAUGAUGGCAGUUUGACCUCUCUGAAAGUCAAAUGGCAAAGACCUCUUGGAGAUGUGAGUUCCUACAAUGUGACCCUGUCUCACCAAGGGACCAUCAUGGAAUCCAGAGUAUUAGCACCACAGGUCAUUGAAACUCACUUUAAAGACUUAGCCCCUGGAAGUCUUUAUCAAGUUACUGUCAGCAGUAUUUCUGGUGAACUGUCUGCUCAGAAGAUGGCAGUGGGCAGAACAGUACCAGACAAAGUUGGAAAUCUGGAGGCAAACAAUGGUGGGAUGAGGUCCCUUGUGGUGAGCUGGUCGCCCCCUGCUGGAGACUGGGAGCAGUACCGGAUCCUGCUCUUCAAUGAUUCGGUGGUGCUGCUCAACACCACUGUGGGAAAGGAGGAAACACAGUAUGUCAUGGAUGGUGUGGGCCUCAUACCCGGAAGACAGUAUGAGGUAGAAGUCAUCGUUGAGAGUGGAAAUCUGAAGAAUUCUGAGCGUUGCCAAGGCAGAACAGUCCCUCUGGCUGUCCUCCAGCUUCGUGUCAAACAUGCUAAUGAAACCUCACUGGGCAUCAUGUGGCAGACCCCUGCUGCAGAGUGGGAGAAAUACAUAAUCUCUCUAGCUGACAGAGACCUCUUACUCAUCCACAAGUCACUCUCCAAAGAUGCCAAAGAAUUCACUUUUACUGACCUGGUACCUGGACGAAAAUACACAGCUACGGUCACCAGUAUUAGUGGAGACUUAAAAAAUUCCUCUUCAAUAAAAGGAAGAACAGUACCUGCCCAAGUGACUGGCCUGCAUGUGACCAACCAAGGGAUGACCAGUAGUCUAUUUACCAACUGGACAGAGGCACUGGGAGACAUAGAAUUCUACCAAGUCUUACUGAUCCAUGAAAACGUGGUCAUCAAGAAUGAAAGUGUCUCCAGUGAGACUAACAGAUACAGCUUUCACUCUCUGAAAUCAGGCAGCCUCUACUCUGUGGUGGUAACAACAGUGAGCGGAGGGAUCUCCUCCAGACAAGUGGUGGUGGAAGGAAGGACAGUCCCUUCCAGUGUGAGUGGAGUGACAGUGAACAAUUCAGGUCGUAAUGACUACCUCAGUGUUUCCUGGCUGCCGGCACCUGGAGACGUGGAUAACUAUGUGGUGACCCUCUCCCAUGAGAGCAGGGUGGUUCAGUCCCUGGUCAUUGCCAAGUCUGUCAGCGAGUGUUCCUUCAGUUCCCUCACCCCAGGCCGCCUCUACAAUGUGACCAUAAGUACAAGGAGUGGCAAGUAUGAGAAUCAUUCCUUCAGCCAAGAGCGGACAGUGCCUGACAAGGUUCAGGGUGUCAGUGUUAGUAACUCAGCCAGAAGUGACUAUCUAAAGGUGUCCUGGGUGCAUGCCACUGGGGACUUUGAUCACUAUGAAGUCACCAUCAAAAACAAAAACAACUUCAUUCAAACCAAGAGCAUUCCCAAGUCGGAAAAUGAGUGUGUAUUUGUUCAGCUCAUCCCUGGACGAUUAUACAGUGUCACCGUUAGUACAAAAAGUGGACAAUAUGAAGCCAGCGAACAAGGGAACGGGAGAACAAUCCCAGAACCUGUUAAGGAUCUAACACUGCGGAAUAGGAGCACUGAGGACCUGCAUGUGACCUGGUCCCUAGCUGAUGGGGAUGUUGACCAGUAUGAGAUCCAGCUGCUCUUCAAUGACAUGAAAGUAUUUCCUCCUUUUCACCUUGUAAAUACUGCAACCGAGUAUCGGUUCACCUCCCUAACACCAGGGCGCCAGUAUAAAAUUCUUGUCUUGACGAUCAGUGGGGAUGUACAGCAGUCAGCCUUCAUUGAAGGCUUAACAGUUCCCAGUGCUGUCAAAAAUAUUCAUAUUUCUCCCAAUGGAGCAACGGAUAGCCUGACAGUGACUUGGACCCCGGGUGGUGGCGAUGUUGAUUCCUACGUGGUAUCAACAUUCAGACAGAAUCAGAAGGUUGACUCUCAGACCAUCCCCAAGCACGUCUCUGAGCACACGUUUCAUAGACUGGAGGCAGGGGAGCAGUACCAAAUUGUGAUUGCCUCGGUCAGUGGGUCACUAAGGAACCAGAUAGACGCACUCGGGCGGACAGUUCCAGCAUCUGUCCAGGGACUAAGUGCAGACAAUGCAUACAGCAGUCAUUCCUUAAUAGUAAGUUGGCAAAAAGCUGCUGGUGUGGCAGAGAGAUAUGAUGUCCUACUUCUAAAUGAAAAUGGAAUCCUUCUGAGUAACACAUCAGAACCAGCUACUGCUAAACAGCACAAAUUUGAAGAUCUAACACCAGGCAAGAAAUACAAGAUACAGAUUCUAACUGUCAGCGGAGGGCUCUUUAGCAAGGAAGCCCAAACUGACGGCCGAACAGUCCCAGCAGCUGUCACCAAUCUGAGGAUCACAGAAAACUCCACUAGACACCUGUCCUUCAGUUGGACUGCCUCAGAGGGAGAGCUCAACUGGUACAACAUCUUUCUGUAUAACCCGGAUCGAACUCUUCAGGAAAGGGCCCAAGUGGACCCACAAAUCCAGAGCUUCUCUUUCCAGAACUUGCUACAAGGUCGAAUGUACAAAAUGGUGAUCGUGACUCACAGUGGGGAGCUGUCUAAUGAGUCUUUCAUAUUUGGUAGAACAGUCCCAGCUCCUGUGAGUCAUCUCAAGGGAUCCAAUCGGAACAUGACAGAUAGCCUUUGGUUCAGCUGGAGUCCAGCCUCUGGGGACCUUGACUUUUAUGAGCUGAUUCUCUACAAUCCCAAUGGCACAAAAAAGGAAAACUGGAAAGACAAGGACCUGACAGAGUGGCGUUUUCAGGGUCUUGUCCCUGGAAGGAAGUACACACUGUGUGUGGUAACUCACAGUGGAGAUCUCAGCAAUAAGGUCACAGGGGAGGGCAGAACAGCCCCAAGUCCUCCCAGUCUUUUGUCAUUUGCUGAUGUUGCAAACACAUCUUUGGCCAUCACCUGGAAGGGACCCCCAGACUGGACGGACUACAAUGACUUUGAGCUACAGUGGCUCCCCAGAGAUGCACUCACUGUCUUCAAUCCCUACAGCAACAGAAAAUCAGAAGGACGCAUUGUGUAUGGUCUUCGUCCGGGCAGAUCCUAUCAAUUCAGUGUCAAGACUGUCAGUGGAGAUUCCUGGAAAACCUAUAGCAAACCAAUUUCUGGAUCUGUGAGGACAAAGCCGGACAAAAUACAAAACCUGCAUUGCCGGCCCCAGAACUCGACAGCCAUUGCCUGUUCUUGGAUUCCUCCGGAUUCUGACUUCGAUGGGUAUAGUAUUGAAUGCCGCAAAAUGGAUACCCAAGAAAUUGAGUUUUCCCGAAAACUGGAGAAAGAAAAAUCUCUGCUCAACAUCAUGAUGCUGGUACCCCAUAAGAGGUACCUGGUGUCCAUCAAGGUGCAGUCGGCUGGUGUGACCAGUGAGGUGGUUGAAGACAGUACCAUCACAAUGAUAGACCGUCCUCCUCCUCCACCUCCACAUGUUCGUGUGAAUGAGAAGGAUGUGCUAAUUAGCAAAUCUUCCAUCAACUUUACUGUCAACUGCAGCUGGUUCAGUGACACCAACGGAGCUGUGAAAUACUUCACAGUGGUGGUGAGAGAGGCUGAUGGCAGCGAUGAGCUGAAGCCAGAACAACAGCACCCUCUCCCUUCUUACCUGGAAUACAGGCACAAUGCCUCCAUUCGAGUGUAUCAAACCAAUUAUUUUGCCAGCAAAUGUGCCGAAAGUCCUGACAGCAACUCCAAGAGUUUUAACAUAAAGCUUGGAGCAGAGAUGGACAGCCUAGGUGGAAAAUGCGAUCCUAGUCAGCAAAAAUUCUGUGAUGGACCACUGAAGCCACACACUUCUUACAGAAUCAGCAUUCGGGCUUUUACUCAGCUGUUUGAUGAAGACCUGAAAGAAUUCACAAAGCCACUCUACUCAGACACAUUUUUCUCUUUGCCUAUCACCACUGAGUCAGAGCCCUUGUUUGGAGUCAUCGAAGGUGUGAGUGCUGGCCUGUUUUUAAUUGGCAUGUUGGUGGCUCUCAUUGCCUUCUUCAUCUGCAGACGGAAAACGAGCCAUGGUCGAGAAAGGCCCUCUGCCCGCCUGAGCAUUCGUAGGGAUAGACCAUUAUCAGUUCACUUGAAUCUGGGCCAGAAAGGUAACCGGAAAACUUCUUGUCCCAUAAAAGUAAAUCAGUUUGAAGGACAUUUCAUGAAGCUGCAGGCUGACUCCAACUACCUUCUAUCCAAGGAAUAUGAGGACUUAAAAGACGUGGGCCGAAACCAGUCAUGUGAUAUUGCACUCUUGCCAGAAAAUAGAGGGAAAAAUCGAUACAACAAUAUAUUGCCCUAUGAUGCCUCAAGAGUGAAGCUGUCCAACGUAGAUGAUGACCCAUGCUCCGACUACAUCAAUGCCAGCUAUGUCCCAGGCAACAACUUCAGAAGAGAAUACAUUGCUACUCAGGGACCACUUCCUGGCACCAAGGAUGACUUCUGGAAAAUGGCGUGGGAACAGAACGUUCACAACAUUGUCAUGGUGACUCAGUGCGUGGAGAAGGGCAGGGUAAAGUGUGACCAUUACUGGCCAGCAGAUCAGGACUCCCUCUACUAUGGGGACCUCAUCCUGCAGAUGCUCUCAGAGUCGGUGCUGCCCGAGUGGACCAUCAGGGAGUUUAAGAUAUGCAGCGAGGAGCAGCUUGAUGCAAACAGACUCAUCCGUCACUUUCACUACACAGUGUGGCCAGACCAUGGAGUCCCAGAAACCACCCAGUCCUUGAUCCAGUUUGUGAGAACUGUCAGGGACUACAUCAACAGGACUCCUGGUGCAGGGCCCACCGUGGUGCACUGCAGUGCUGGUGUGGGUAGAACUGGAACCUUUAUUGCCUUGGACCGAAUCCUUCAGCAGUUAGAUUCCAAAGAUUCUGUGGACAUUUAUGGAGCAGUGCAUGACCUAAGACUUCACAGGGUUCACAUGGUCCAGACGGAGUGUCAAUACAUAUAUCUACAUCAGUGUGUAAGAGAUGUCCUCAGAGCAAGGAAGCUGCGGAGUGAACAAGAAAACCCCUUGUUUCCCAUCUACGAAAAUGUGAAUCCAGAGUAUCACAGAGAUGCAGUCUAUUCAAGGCAUUAAGAAUGUACCCGAAGAUCUCCUGGAUAAAAAUUUUUCACUGUGUGAUUUUUUUUUUUUAAUUUGCUUCUUGCCCUGCAGAGGUGCCAGCUAUUUCUGUCAAUACUAUGUAUAAUUUAUUAAUCUGGAGAAUGUUAAAGAAUUUAUGUAAUUUAAAGGUAACAGAUAUUAUUGUACAUAGUUGUAUUUUGUAGUUUUUCCUGUAAAUAUGUAUUUUUUCAUAAUGUUUAAUAUUAAGCUUUAUAUAAUACUAUUUUUUCACCCAAAAGUGUUCAUGGCUUGUUCUACAUAAACUAAUUCAACCUGUAUGGCAGGAUUACUGGUAAAAUAUACAUGGAUGUGUUUGCAGAGAAAAACCCCUUGGGCUGUGUUUCUUACCUGUCUUAAUAUUCACUGGACAGGAUAAAGAGCAGACUAGAGAGCGUGGAUAGCAUGACUAGAUUGGCUGCUUUGCUGUCCCCUGAAUCUUGAGGUCCACAUAUGAUUCAGAUAUUAUUAGGAGAAAUAAAAGUCAAAUAAGGUUUAGGGCUGGGGGAGUAACAUGUAGAGUGCAUGCUUAGUAUGCACUGAUCAUAAGCAUGAAGAAAAGAAAGAAAAAGUAUUAGAAGGAGGGGGGAAAGCAUCAGAUAGCAGCAAAGCUGAGCUUUGUCAUUGUGUCUAAAUGAGCUGCUCUCUGCUCUUGCUCCUGCCAGGGAUUCAAGCCCAGGUGGCCAGCUCAGGGGCCUUGUGACUUACAGUAGAGGCCCAGGCUGCAUGGUAAAGGGAAUUCCUGUUAAGAAGAAUGCCAACUCUAGCCCUGAAUGGAAACAAAACACAGGAGCUCCAUCCACAGUGAUUAGAGGUUAUUUUGCUGCAUUCACAGCGUGGAACCUGCACAUGCACACCUGGGCUGUCGUGCUGGCUCCUGGACACACACCAGUCCUUGUCUUAUUUCCAGUGGUCUGCUUUCCUGGAGAGGUCAUGCUUGGUUUUUCCCAUUAAAAGAAUAUGGUGGCAGGUGAAGCUCUUGGCCAAAGGAUCUAAUACCAACAUUUUCCUAGAAACAUCUGUAAACAUCCUAUAUAGCUAAUUAAAAAGCAAACAGCAGAAAACACAGAAAUGCAGUGGCUCUUAAAGUUUUCCAAAAGAUUUUAUAGUAGGUCAAUGGAGUCAAAAUUUCAAGUAGUCACCUAAAGCUGCAUUUAAUAGAAAAGACAAUACGUACUUUACCAAGUUUAUCCUCCAUCUUUAUGCCUUAUUUUGGCUACAACAUAUUUCAGUGAGUAAGUUAGUGGGCAUUGCCUUUAUCAAGGUUCAGUUCUAAGAGCCUUUCUGGGAAAUAUCAGAAUAGCAUUUAUAUAGAAUUCUUAUGGCUACCUGACAAAACAAGUUGGAGAUGUUUGCCUUUAACUAGAGGUCAUAUUUGUGACCAGUUCAUUUGCAGAAAGAAUACUGUUUUUUGGUCAAAGUAUCUUGCUACCUAACAUAAAUUCUCAUAAGUAAUAUAACAAUUCAUAUUUUACCUAAAAUAUUUAUAUCGAUAUAACUCUACACCCAACUUGGAAGUUUUUCUGGGGUGAAAUUUAUCAAAAUAGAGGGGCACAUCACAAGGAUGAAUGUGAAUAGUAAUAAAAGAAUUCAAAGUUUUCAUAGCUUCUUUGUGCCCUUGUGAAAUGACAGCAUUAGGCUCUGAUUCGGUGUCAGGAAACUAAGUGGCUACUCUAGAAAAGGAACAACAUAUGUAUUAAGUGUGGCAGAUGUGGAAAACAGAGGCCAGUGACUUAGGACGUUCAAUCUCGAUUAAGAAAUCAUUUUAUGUACACUAAAAAGAAAAACAAGAGGAAAACAAAACAAUUUUAAACUAAGAUUAUUCUGUGCAAAGCACAUGGAUUCCUAGAGAGAUAAAUUCAGUUUUGACUUUUCACUCAUUCAGAAAACUUUCAGUAAGGACCUGCAAACUCUUCCAGAAUCUACAUUUCUACGCACAUUCAGAGAACACAUGGUAAUAAUAAAGUUAGGGUUAUUGUCACCGUUUUCAGUUGAAUUUAAAAGAGGGGCUAGGCGAGGGACUGAGAUUACUGAGCCAGUCUAGGGCAGGAGUCACCUUUCACAAGUCUCUCUCUGGCAAGUGUGGAGGCUGCUUCUGUAGCAACCACUGGAUCAAGUGACAGCAAUUGACAGUGCACAACCCAAGAGUCACAGCCCUUAACAACCUACACAUCUGUAAUGGCAAAUAGCACUCACAUACCUGGCAACAUCUGAGGUGGAACCAGAAUUACAGAAAUGAAAAUGAGGAGGGGAAACUGUACUCUUUUUUUAGUCGAAUCCAGGAAAUAUUGAUUCCUGCUCUUCGCCUAAUUUUAAAUCUCCUUAGCAACAAAUAUUACACUAUUCCCUCUUGCUCCCAGGAAGACUAAAUACAUAAUAUAGUUGAUCUAUUCAUUAAAUUUAAGAGAAGAAAAAAAAAAAGACUUCCUCGAUGUUCAGCUCAAUUGGAUAUAUUUCCAUUUAAUUGCAU